CCACCGGCCACCGCGCGAUCAAAAGCAGGGAAAUGCAAAGCAUCUUGGUAUCAAUAAGCAAAGCCAACGCAACAGACAGGGAAAAGCAGCGGAAUCGCAAUCCGAUCCAGCCCCACGAGUCCGACCGAGCCCAUACGAACCCGACCGACCCUCAUGAGUCGAAACCGAACCACCAUAAUGUUCAUGUCGAGGAUCGAUGAUGAUGAUGUUGAUGAUGUCUGACGAACAUAGGAAACAGGAUGAAAAAAGCAACCAAGGAACGAAUGCAGGAAAACUAAAACUAACAAACAACGAGACCGGGGUAUCGGGUAUAAUUCGCAGCCCUGUCAAACCAUCCCACACGAGCAAAAGAAUCCAAGUAUCCCACGAGCAUCACCCUGAAUACGUAUCCUCCUUCACGAGCCAUCCCGGCCCAUCAGCGCUAUUUCCUCCACCACCGACCCAUCGCUCGCACGCAUCGACCCCUCAGGCGUCGGUGCGGGAGCCGUCGAAAUCGCACCAUCAUCAACCCCAUCGCCACCAAUCCCCCGAUCGCUCCCACUCCUCUCACUCCCCCGCGUCCGCUUCCCACCGCCACCGUCAUCCCCGCUGCCGUGCCGCUUCGCGAUGCGCUGCGAUCGGGGGUGACGGAACGAGUGUGGUGUCAGAUCGGGGAGGGGACGGUCGCGUCAGGUCGUUUGUUCGGGGGGGGGGUUCAAGGUACCAUAUCUCAUGCUGCUCGACAAUGAUACUCAAAUUCUUGUGCUUUUCUUUUUGCUCAUGCGGUAGUGUGCUUUUGGUUAUGUGUGUGCUGUAGGUGCUCUUCAAUUCAAUUCCACUCCAUCCGGCUCAGCCAGCU